AUGUUCGGGGAUCUCGGGCUUGAAGCGACAUUGAGUGACAGCAAAAAGAAGUACGGCGACAAGGUGAAUGCACUCCUGUCUGCCUGGACGCAAGUCACCAAUUACAUUCCUACCGCAAGCCCGGAAGACACCCAGAAUCUAAUAGAAUGGGUCCACAAACACACCCUGGAUCUUGUACUACGUGGGGAGUGGCCAAAAUUGACACAAGCAACAAAGACUCACCUAGGCGUAACUCUGCAGAGGUGUGCAAAUCAUCUUGCUCAACACCCUGCAGCAGCAAUAUGUACAUCCCUGAUAUCAUUCGUACACAAUCCAUGGUCAAAUCCAGUAUUAGUGAAAAUAAUUAGUCGUACAUCGGACGAGGACAAGAAUUGCGAUGUCGAGGAUGAGGAGGAAUUUUGUUGUUCGGAAAAGGGUGAAUUAUUAGUAAUGAGACUUAGAAUAUUGUGUGAGGAGCGGUGUGAGGACAUAGCAAUACAUCUUGCUGCUGCUUGCGUUCGCACCUUGAGAAGAAGCGAACGUUUGCAGGCGUUAUCGGAUACUCAGCACGUUCAGUACAUGAUUGAUCUAUACAUUGUUAUACUGUACAAACUAAAACGCACUAAAGAUAUACUCGCUCAAUUAAAAUUAAUGGACUUCAAUGAUGGACUGGGGAUACUCCAGAGAUUAAGCGGUGAGAAACCCACAAAGUACAGAACUGCGCGUAUUUGGAGACUAUCGCCUAGAGCAGCCGAAGUUGUUGCACAGUAUUUGGCAACAGCGGGCAUGGUGGGAUCCAUUUCUGAUAUUGGGGGUAAUGUACUGGAGGAGAUUUUCAACUCAUGGGCUAAAUUGUAUUCCAAAAACUCAAUACAGUCAACACUGCCGGAGAUGAUCAGAAAAUUAAUCGAGCCAGCUGAGAGUGCCCAGCACAUCUACCUAUUCUGUGCUGUGCUCUUGAAGCAUUUUGGCGAUAGUAUAAAGCCCGUGGUAAUUGAAUCCUACAUCAGAGCACUGACAACCGACAUGAAUGAAAUGGAAAAUCAAAAGGCCAAAUCCGACAAAGAACACGAGCGUGAAAUAGCUAAACGUCUGAGUACCCAGUUUCUCAAAUUGGCCGAUGUUGUUGAAAGUAGUAUUGACAUUGCUAAGGAGUGUGUAUUGACAGCAUUCUCAUUACAUCCAACUCGUGCCUGUUAUGAUAGAAUACGUGAGAUUGCUGUGGCGUGUGGUAAAAUGAAGGAGAAUGGUUGUACAACUGAUGUAACUGUUGAUGACAGAUUGUCAAGCAGCCUUGGGGAUGCAAAAAUCGAUGCUGGAAGGGCAGAUGGAAGCUCCAAAACCCCUAAUGACAAAGUAAAAACGGUUAAGAACGUUGAUUGCAGAGAUAAACUGUUGAAAAGUUUGCUAUCAUCACCAUCGAAGAAGGAUCCACCUAGUAGCUGUCCUCUCCACCCACGGAGCAACUCCACGACUCAAGGGUCAGUGGGCACUCUCUGUUUCAAUUGUGGUGAAUUCACAGGCAUCGACAACACGAAAAAACCUGUGGAAAAAUCCGAAUCAAAAGUUUCCCGAUCAUUGAACAGCACAACAAAUUCAACAGUGUCAGAAAUGUACGAAGAGAAGAGCCAUGCACCAGGUCAAGUGCUGGAUGGAGUUAAACUCGGUCUAUCUCGUCAGCUCUGUGACGACCUCCAAGUAGUCCUCAAUAGCCCCAGAUACCACAACCUUAAUUGGGCCCUGGAUUGGACAGAGCUGAAUACCCUCUGUGACACCUAUCUCCAUCACGCUGAGGAGAUAAGAAACACGAACAAGGAGCUAAAAUACCUGAACAUUGAUUACAAUCUGUUCAAGAAUUGGCCCUCGCCCCAGCCCUCAGAUGAGGAGAAUGCAAUAGGUGUUUAUGGGAUUGAGAAGGGGUACGAGCCCUGGGUGGAUGUGCCAUCAGACAACUCAGAGAGGUUUGGAUCCUCCCAGCCAGCUGCUGCCUACAAGAGAACAACACCAAGACGAAGUCUGGAAGAUUCAUCAGACUCGGACAGUGGUAGUUUAUUACAAGUGAGGAGAACAGCUAGACAACGUAAAUUAAACAGACUUGAGUCAUCAGAGAGUGAUUACGACAGUGGUGACCGUAAGCCAAAGCAUUUUCGUGUGAAUUCAGGGUCUGUAUCAGAUACUGAAGACACUAAUACUCAGGACAGUCAGACUGACAGUCUCGGUAGUGAUGGUUGCAGACAGGAAAAGAAAACAAAUAAAUCGUGCAAUAAAGAUAUGACGAAGGAGCGAGGCAAGUCUAAGCACUUUCGUAUGUUAGUUAAUGAAAAUAUAAGGCGAAUCAAUGAUGAUGUCACUGGAUCUGAUGUCAGUAAUGAACAUAUUACUCUAUUCGCUGCUGACAUGGAUGAGAACAAAAGGGAGACUAUCAAGGGAUCAGCAUAUCCAUCUGCACCAUUGAGAAUACUGACUGAAAAACGAAGUGAUCCAGCUGUGCUCAAGUCAUUGCGUAUGUUCAGACAUCAGAACACUAAAGUUGUACAGAAAAAUAUUUUAAAUAACAAAACAAAGGACAAUGUAGCGAACAAUAACUCGAACAGUGUUGCUAAAUUUGCACCGAUGCUGAGUACAUUAAAUUUAAAUCCUAAAAUUGUGUUAACUAGAGCUGAUGAGAUCGAUCGUAAAUUAUUGCAAUCGAAGAAGCCAACUCUCAGUACUGGUGAUUUAACGAGUGAACUCAUGAAUAUUCAAAAGAAGAUGACAUUCUCACCUCACAAGAACUCGAUCAACUCAUUUCACAAACGUAAAAGUGAUCCAAACAAUAAGAAUAAAAAUCGAAAAAAUAGGAAAUCAAUUAAUUCAAGUCUGGGGAAUGACUAUGGACUCUUGGCAAAAGCAGUGAGGGAUUCAGAUAUCAACACUAGACUUGCUAAAAAUGUUCCUGGAUUGAACUCCUUGGACAUGAUGGUGCCCCCAAGGGUGCAGUCUACAGUGAACGUGGUACAACUCUCUCGAAAUAUACCACAGAGUCCAAACUCAGGGUCAAUAAACAGUGGCAACACUCCCCCGAGAAAUAGAACGUCAAGCAUAGCAGGUAACAUUCAACUUCCUGGCACCCCAUCGUCUGGGGGUCACGACAGUGGCGUUGGAAUGAGUCCUGCUGGUCAAACUCCACCUCCAAGAUCCUCAGCACUUCAUGAUGUUGGUGAAGAGGCUAAUCAGCCUCCGGACACAUCAUCCCCAGGAUCAACAAACCCCUCGACUGAGCCUGACAGCCCAAGAACUCAACGAAUGAAUCAGAACGAUUCACCAAAUAAAUCACCAUCCCCCUCGUCAGCAGCCGGAACAGUGCCAACAUCAGAACAAAUUCAAUUAGUUUAUAAACAAGAUGGAAUGUAUCAACUGGCAUCUGUCAACCCAAACGUUGUUACCAAUCAACGAAGUGUUUUGACUCUUCAGAAUUUAGAGGAAGGUUCUACUGUUCGUCAUGUCCAGAGAUUACAGGAGUCCACCACUAGAAAUACCUAUGAAAGAUCUGGAGUCAAGGUACAGCAACAGCAGCCUGGCCAGAACACAGGUCUCCCAAAGUUCCAACAUGCCUUUGGAAAAACGAUCUACACCUUAUCAGCAGAGACCUCGACCACAGCAGCCUCAUCCACGACAGACACCAUCACCCAACCCCUCAGCCUCCAGAAAACCUCCACCAACCUCUCCAAAGCAGUCCAAACCUCGGUACCAAGUACCCAAGCCAACAUCAAUGUACAAUCAAUAACGAACAUUCCGAAUUUACAAUUAACCACUGGCAGACCGAUCCUCAAUAUUGUGCAGAGUGGAAGUGGGAGCGCAGGGGUCACGACUCCAACAGCCACUCAGACGAUAACUCAGCUGGUUCAAAAUGCUUCACCAGGGGUUAUUUAUGCUCAAAAGAUUCCCACCAAUGUCACAAUAUCAACGACGAAUCCUGGACAGUUGAACCUCAUUCCCACGAUUUCCCAUACGAACUCGUUGCCAGGGGGCAGAGCUGGUGUUGUCAAAUUGAACAUCAUCAGGACACCAUUGAGACAGCAGAAUAUAGCCAUCCAAGCAGCUUUGACUGGCUCAAGAAUCCAGACUAAUCAGCAGAGAACCCCAGCCACUCCCCAGCCUCAACAAGCAGUGAGAACAGACUCUCUUCUGAAUGAAGUCGCCAAUCCAGUGAGUUCAACAACAUUAGAACAGUUGAGAGAGUUCGAGAGCGUCUUGGAACAAGUGAAGGAGCGCAGUACGAUCCAGCCCCAGCAGCACCAGAACUCGACGACGACAACAACAACAGUGCAAACUCAAACUACAACUCAACAGACUGUAGCUAAGCAGCACGAUCAGCAGACAUCAGUGUCAGCCCUCGCUCAACAGCUCCUCAUCUCCACCCAGUCGUCCUCAAGCUCUGAAUUCUCUAGCAACGGUAAUGCAGUCUCCUUCCAGCAGGACGUAUUCCCUCAGAAGGUAUCCCUGGCUACCAUCACUCAAAGUAACGUAACAACAACUCAGAAAGUGACAAACUCAACUCCAGUGGUUGUAUUCACGAGCUAUUGUCAACCAGCUGCAUCACCAGCUCUCAGUGUCACCUCUCAAAGUUCCUCAAGCCCCUGUGUCACUCCAGCCCCAGCGUCAGUCCCCUCAGCUGGCAAAACCCCACCCACACCAUCUCCAAAGAGUGGCAAGAAGACAGUCCCCAAGACUGUUAAGACCAGUGCGACGAAUACAUCAAAAGCAUCGCCAAUUCCCAAACCUCAACAGAAGCCUCAGGAGGACGAGCAGACAGCCCAGAGGAUCUACACGAUCCUGGCCGAGUACGCCGAGCAACUACGGAAUUCUCCUGAUCUGAAUAACAAGCCAGCUCCCAGAAGACGCUCCAAUCCUCCGACAAACCCCAGUCAAUCGUCAAAAAGAAAGAAAUCCUCGGGUAAAUCGAAACUAUCUGGUCAGCAGUCCUCGGAGAUGAGCCCCAGUGCUGAAGACCUGGGGAGGACAAUGGGCUCUGAGGACUCUUCCAGUGGUGUUGUCCAGAUCCAGGACUCCCCUGCAGGUUUCACAUCGCAGGACGAAGCAGCGACACCAGCAGCAUCAGUAGACUCAGCUCCAGAGUCCACUAGAAACAUCACAAAUGACUCCAACGAUGGAGUAGAGGUGAACGUUAAACGAAGGAAUCUGUUUUUUACAGAGUCUGGUAGUGGCCAGCCUCGAGCUGUCAUAGUACAGGAGACAGUUCCAGCAGCUUCAGUCAGUGUAAGUGAAGCAUUAGCUUCAGUCACUGGUAAAGUCACUGGAACCACUGCUGUAUUCGUCUCAGGGACUAACUACGUGUUGCCUAUGAACCUGAUGAAGGGAACCCAGCAGUUUCACAUUGUCUCUGGGGGCUCCAAAUUGCUGACUGUUCCUGGUGUGAGGACAGCUGGCACCACUGGGGUCUCCAAUGCUCUUGUUCUCCAGUCUUUUCUUAAUCAAGCCAGCAAGAUUAUCUCUCAGCCUGGACAGGUGAAGCAGGUAAAGAUGCCAACAUUGCAGACGUUAACUACUUCUCAAGCAUUGAAUACUCAGAGUGGACAGAAUACUUCAGUCAUUAUACCUCAGACUGGCACCAGUGGCUUUACGAACGACUCUAAUGAAAUUACCAUUAAAACUGAAGCCCCUGAAAUUGUUCCAAAAAGUGAAUCAACGACUCCUGUCAGUGAAUCCACAUCCACGAUUUUAGUCAACAAAUCCCCCUCGAUUGGAUUAAUUCAACGAAAUUUGUCGGAUAUAACUGACGGUCAACAGAUAUGUGGAGUUAUCACCAGUAAUCCUAAUUUGACUCUACAAGGGACGAGGAUAUUCAACUCGUCGAUUGCUAAAUUGUCGAGUGGACUAAAGACUGAGAGUGUUGUCUGCCUGGCGCAGGCAUCGGGAACAUCUCAACAAUCUGAGAAAAAAUUACAGGAGACAACUGGAGAUAAAUCGGUUCAGAUGCAUGGGACGAUAGCUCUUGCCUUUGCAACACAGUCAGAAGUCCCAGUGAUGAAUAAUAAUCAGAGUCAACAGGUGAACCAGAAAGAGACGAAGGAAGUUUCUACUGAGAUAGCGUCUGGGGACAAAGUGAUAUCACCAAAGUCAGUGAAGAGAAAAAUCGAGGAGACGUUGGAUAUCGAUGAGAAACCACCACCUACGCUUAUCCCUGGAAAUUCAAUCUCUUCUGGGCUCAUCACGACUCUUCAGAGUUCUAUCAAAGUCGAGCCAGCAUCAGUGACAACAUCAGUCGCAAAAAUUGAAGACUCAGGGGAAUAUUCAGUCGCUGAAGAGGCUGGCAGAUCAGAAGACCAGCAGUCUCCAUUGAGACAGACAAACGAGACGCUGGAGACGACGAUAAAAGUGGAGAAUGGAGUUUUGUGUGGAAAUGCAAGGCUCCAGGAGGCCUGGGAGCCUGAGAGGAAACCCUCCCCAGACACUCCCUGGAGGUUUGUCCCCACCUCGACGAAUCAACUCAACAUUGAGCCAUUGAAGGUCUACUCUAGAGACGGAGAAAACUCAGAGAACGUUCAGAAUGUCCUCCAGAUCAUAAACAAGGGUCAGGGCAUCGAGAUGGCGAGUGGCCAGGUAUUCCAGACGAAUGCCAAAAAGUACUACAUGAACCACACGCUGGAGCCCUUCCAGCAGUACGCCAAAGGAACAAUAGUGAAGAAUCAGUCGAAUAAUCCUAGGGUUGACAGGGAGAUGCAGAGACUUGACAGAAAUCGUGCGGCACUGGAGCGUGAGUUGAGACUCCAGAAGAGUCUAUCAGAGGAGUGUGAGGAUCUGGGUGUGGACGAGCCCAGCACGAGUGACUUGUUCCCAGAGGCUGAUCUCUUCUUUGACACUAAUCACUCUCCCUCAUUCGAUCACUCCUCCCAGGACGCCUCUUGCUCUCAACCCCUUGGUGUCAAGUUCAAUGCGACGUACUUUCGACCUCUAGACUCCUCCAGUGGUAGUAGGGACGCAAGUCCUGUGGAUGUCAAAGUGAACGAGAGACGAAAAACACCUGGACAACGGGGAAGGGCCAUCAGAGAGGCUCUCAAGAGAACAAAAAGAGAUAGACCCGAGGAGAAUUCUUUGGAGAACCCAGCCAAACACAUGAGGCUGAGUCCAGAGAACUUGAGCCAAGACGAUGGAUCCAGCACGUCAGACGUCUCCAGGAUGUCACCAGGGCAUGCAGCCUCUAUGGAGAACGUUAAUCAACAGAAAAUCAUAUCGAGGAAUGGCUCGAAGGAGGGCUCGCCCAGCAGUGCCUCCAUGUCAAUCCCCUCGAACAUGAAAUUGGACAUGGAUUUGGAUUCUGAGUCCCUUCCCCUCACCACCAACAAUGCAACAGCCAGCUCUGGAGAGGAGUCUUUACCUCUGCUGUCCACCAACACAACUGACGUCACGAUACCCUCUCCAUUGUCACCAAUAGCUGGUCCUCUGUUGUCGACGCACAAGUACACGUAUGCCAACAAAAAACGUGCAAAGUCUAAGGUGCUCACUGCUGAAUAUCUGUCCUGGGAGAGUCCAAUAUCCGAGAGAACGAGAUCCAGCAGUGACGACGAGGACUCGAGCAUCAGUGAGUCAAUAUCCAGUCAGAAUGAUGACAGUGUCAUCACUAAUGGCAUGGAUGACAAUCUCCAGGGGGUGAAGACCGAUCACUGCACGUACUUGAAGAAGGAUAAACUUGUCAAUGCUAGGGUUGUUCUUAAUCGUGCUGACACUAAAGCCAUUCUUGCCAAGAGGGCUAAGGAGGUAAUCAAUGAGGCUGUUGUCACCAGUGAUAAAACAUCAGAGGCUUCGGACGAUGAUACCUGUCAUGCAACACUCAUUGAACCCGAUUGUCGUGCCAGGAGGUCUAGUCUCAGGGGACACGUGAAGAAGGGCUGCCCCUGCUGCAAUGGAUCGCCGGAGAGACCGAAGAAAAAGUCUGUCAAAGUUGAUCACAAGUUGAAGAAGAAAUUGAUCAGCAAACAAAUUGGAAAGAAGAGGUAGUGUUAGUGAUUGUACUCUCGCUUUCGUAAUUUACGAUUUAAUUGAUUGGUUGAAUGAGUGUAUUGUACUUGUAAAUUUUUGCGAGGGGGAGAUACUUUCGACGGGUUUAACGACCAGACAAUUAAUUGUAGGUGAUAAGUUUAGUACUUGCAGCACUUGACCAAAAAGUUAUUGAGAUGUUGGAUGGGUUUAUCAGUGAGUAAAUGAUGUGUGGAAAAUUUUUCCGAGUGGAUUUGUUUCUUUGGUAGAGCGAGAGGUGGUUGAGUAAUUUUGCUCUUUGAAUCCGAAUUUUUCAUGGGUUUAUGAUAAUUUGUAUAUAAAUAGUAUGCUUGAUCAGUGUAUAGCUGGCUUGAAAAAGCUAAUUAUUGAGAUAAGGGUUAUAUUUAAAUGAGGGAGAGGGGGAGAGAAACAUUUUUAGAUAAUGCUCUUCAUUAAUUAUUAUUGAUUAAGAUUAAAUUUAUUGGAUUUAGGGGGAGAGUUUUAUGCUCUUCAUGAUGUAGAUGAUCGUUUUACGUUUAGGUGUUGUUAUAAUGAUACAAUGAUUCUAGAUGUAGUCUUGAGUCGAUUAUGAGUGGCAAGUUUAGAUUAAUGAGGGAGUUGUGAAUUUAAUUGAACAAUUAGAAAAUGAAAUGCAAUUCUAGUCAGGUGAGGCUCGGGUCGAAGUUAUAAUUAAUGAACUUGUGAACAUAAACUUAUUGAUAGAUUAUUAAUAUCGGUUUAUGAACAGUAUCUUUUGGAGGAGGAGAGGUACACUUUUUUUUUCUUAGGUUUAUUUUCCUUCUUUUCUUAUUAUUUUUUAUGAUUUUGUUUGGCUUUUGUUAAAUGCCAGAUUGCACAGCAUGGAGGAGAUCACCUCGGGCCAACCGCAGACUAAAAAAUUUUAUUUUAAAUUGGUAAUCCCUUUGGUCGAUUAGGAUUCAAAAGGAAUUUACGACAUUUGGGGAUUAAGAAUUUUUUGGAUUUCUAACUCUGAGCUAUAUUACGCACUCUCUCGCCUCUAGAUUAUCGUAAAUUUAUGAAAUGUGAAGAAUUAUUUGCGUUGGCAUAUUUCGAUCGAUCGUUCAAUUAUUAUUUACUCAUCUCUGGUGAUUAAUCAUUCAGCAGUCAAGUGGUCAAACGUAAGAGAUUGAAUACAAAUUAAUUAUUGACGUCUUGUUAAACAUGGCAUCAUCUCGGUAAUUGAGAAUUUUAAGGGAAAAUAUCAAAAUAUAUUUUCUUGCAAAUUUUAUCAGAUGCACAAAAAAUACUUUGACCUUUUCUUCUCACGUCUCUUGUGUUCAAGGUGAAACCAUAAUUAACAGACGUUAAAAUCCUAUCACGUUUUCCCACUCUUCUUCAGUAUUUUUUUCAUUUUUUAUAUCUCAAUGGAAAUCACUUGACCCGAAUUUAUCAUCAAUCUGUCACAGUGCGCGUGUAAAUCCAUUCUGUACAUUCGAGUAGUUUUCUAUAGGAAAAGCAGAACUCAUGGAAAAAAUAAAAAAUAAAAGUAUAUAUAUCGUAUAAUAUCGCUGCACUUUAGUACAAAACUGCUUCGUUUUAUUUCUGAAUAAAUCUUGACAGAAUUGAACGAAUGAAUCCAUUCGUUUUUGAUGCAUUGCAUUUUUUGUAAAGAAUAAAUUUCUGGGUAAUUGUACAAUGAAGUCUGUGUUGAUGGUUGUUCUCUCUUCUAUCGAUAAUUGAUGAAAUCUGUAGUGAAGUUGUAAAAUGUGAUUUAUCUCAGGAACAAUUUCUUUUUGAGGAAAGAAUGGAAGAAGACCUUUCUUGUUUCUGAUGAGAUUUUCAAAAAAAAAAUGUCUUCUGACAUUUUCUCCUGAAAUUGUUCAUUAUCGAGAUAAUUUCGUAAGAAAAACAGGAAAAAAUCAAUUCAUCACGUUUUAUCACUUCAUUACUGAAACGAAAAUGAUAAGAAGAGGUGGUGAGACCUCUACACUAAAUUCUCAGAAAUGAAUGAAGAUUUCUAUCAAUCGUAAAUGAUUUGUUACUUACAAUUAGUAAAUGAGUACAUUUUGAUGAGAGAAUUUAAACGAUAAAUAGAGAAAAAAAAACUGUAGAUACGCGAUUUUGUGUUGACGUAUUUUUCCCCCAUUUCCCUUAAUUUUUUUUAUUUCAUUUAUUUAGGAUUAGAAAAAUGUUUGUAACGACUGUGAAGUAGAAUAUACUGAAUAAUUAUGUGUACUUUAAUUGUUUAUUUCAUUUUUAAACUGAUCUCAUUAUAAAUGAAAAAACCUUAGUUCAAUAAACUUUAGUAUUUAUAAUACGACUAUUGUUUAUCGGUUCAUUUUUGAUUUUCUUCGAGUGCAAUUACCUUUGAGAUUAGUAAGUUAUUCAUUUUUCAUCAGCUCUUAGGCAUUUGGCAACUAUCAUUGUUCUUCAUUUUUCCAUGAUUAUUAUUAUAUUGGUCAUGAGUAAUUGCAGACUAAAAUCAUCUAGGUAUACUUUUGUGGAGAUUUUUAUUCUCCGCAAAGAAUAUCUCUUUACAUUUUUUCUCAAAACUCAUCACCGACCUGACCCUCUUAUUAUAAAAAAUUGGAAAUUUUUAUUCUGUAUUAUUAUGGAACUAUCAUCAUGAAAAAAUUGACUGAGGACAUUUUUUCGGAAAUUUUUCACAUCUAUGAAGAAUCUCUCUCGACAUUUCCCCCUUAAACCCUUGGUUUAAAAUCUUAAACUCGACUUAUCAAAUUUAUCUAAAUUAAAUUAUCAAUUGAAUUCUGUUUGCUAACUGUGCCCUUAAAUUGAACAAGACAAAAACCUAAAUACGAUCUUCUAUCUUCCUGUACAUUUAAUAGUUAGCAACAAUGUUUUACGUGUAAAAAAAAAUCACGAGCGGAAUAUUCUUUUCGCCCGAAAUAAUAAAUUCGUAUUUUUCAAUAAUUAAAAAUUUCUUUCGUAAAAUAAAGUAAGUCAAAGGAAAAUUGUCAAAUUGGUGACAAGCUUUUGGACAAAGAAAAUCCUCCAUUUAGUCGUACCAAAUGCAUUUAAUUAGAUAACUAAAAAACCGACAUAAAAUAACACGAUUAACUAGUGAAUAAGUGGAAUGAUUGAAUGAUAAAUUUAGCAAACGAAGAAGAAAAAUAAAUUUAAAAAACGAGUUUUCCAGUGCUAACUCCAGGUACUUAAGCAGCUUAAAGGGCCGUUAAGAAUAAACUUAAGAGGUUUUGUAAUGUACAUUUAUAAGAGUUUAACUGAAAUAAACGAGAUAACGUGCACUUUAGCACCUUCGAACAGUAUUCAGAGCGGUUGUAUUUGCAUUCAUGACUGAUUUAAUCAGUGAUUAAGUUCAAUAAAACAAAUUAAUAACAAAUGGACAGUGAAAUAAACGAAUAAAAUGAAUUUACUGGGUUGACAACAAUUACCCGAAGCAUACGGAUACCUUCAGACAUUUUUAAAUUAGCACAAAAACAAAUGAAAAGAAAAAACGAGACGAAAAACUGAAGAGAAAUGCAGAAAAUAAUAAGAGAUAAAACGGAAUGGUAGUGGUAGGAGCAUUAAUUGCUUCGUAAUCCUCUCCUGCUGUUCUGUAAAUACUUAGUAUUAGUGCCAGGAUAGUUUUAAUCGCUCUGUAAUUAUAAAAGAAAAAUCGAGAAGAAUUGGAGGAGAGAAAAUGGGAGAUCAAGAGAUGAGUAACUAUUAAUGCAGAUGAUUGUAUUGAUAACAACCCGCCGUUUUUAGAAGAGAAAAAGAAAACCAUUGUCAUACUCUUAUCAACUAGUAAUACAGAUUGGUAUCAGUGAAUGCAUUCUUAUCAAUUUUAUUAUCAUUACCAGUGAUUGAACAGAGUGAUAAACUGAUUAAUGGAUUUAUUUACUGAUCACACUCGUGUAUUUAUAUAAAUAAUAUAUAUAAACAAUUAUGUGUGAGUGAGUGCUGUGGGAGAUAAUGGGAAUGAACAAUGCACAAAUGGUGAAGUAUAAUACCGAAUGGUACCAAAAUCAAUAAUUUAAUUUUUAAAAAAGAGGAAUCAGACGGCUUUAAUAAAUAAAAAAUAAAGUUAAAAGUAAACGAGCGCAUAACUUGUUUAAUUUACAGCUUUAACACUAGCUGAAACACUUUGGCUGGAAUAAUCUGAUGGAGAAUAAUGAAUGAAUCAAUUGAAUACUCCGACGAUAUGACUGUACAGCUAUGAUGGAAGAAUUAAUUGAAGAAAAUAAUGAAUACGUGUCAGGAAAAUAAAAAAACAUAUAUCGUGAAAAUCCUUUUUCAGAUUUAAAAUGUGGAAGUAUUGGGGAUUGCAUAUUGUACAUAAACAAGACAUAUUUUCUAUAAUAAGGCACGUCGCUCGGUAAGAUUGACGGUCUGACAAAAAAAGAUAUUGCAAUAUUACGAUAAUUCUUUCAAGAAAAACAAAUUUUAAAAUGAAAAAACAACUUAGGAUAGUGUUCCAUCAGUUUAUGUAAUGUAUCAAUAGAAGAAGGUCUGACAGAAUAUAAAUGAAAGUUCUGUAUUUAA